AUGGCACUACCUAGACGAGCGCCAGAGGGCGCACAAUCGCGCGCGGCGCGGAACCGCUCUCUGGCGCUUCGCAGGUUAUGCCUUGGCAGCUUUGCAGCUGCGGCCAUAGCCACAGGUGGCUUGCGCUGGGGGCGGAGUUUUGAGGCAUUGGCCAGCGGAGGAACCGACCCGGCAGACGAGGCACCUUCCACAGACGCAGCAGAAACACCGCAGCUGAGGACUUCGGUUGCAGGGCCACUGCGCGACAUGUGGCGGCCGUGUGCCCUUAUGGGCGGAACUUGUCGGUGCGUGGGCACCUUGGUUUUUAGUACUGUCCUUGGCGACUCUAUUCGAGAAAUCAACUCCGACGGCGUGGUGUCCUGCACGGCAGAGGCCCUCGGUGCUCCGAUACAAAGGGAUCUGAGGAUGUGCUGGUGUCAGGACGGCCUGCCAUGGGACAACGAUGUGAGAAAAGGUCUUGCUGCCAUGGUGCGGCAGGGGCUUACGCCACGAAUUGAGAUAGCAUCCGACGAGGCCGAAGAACCUGGCUGUGACGGUGCUCAUGACGACCUUUGGUACGGCUGCGUCGUCAUGAGCCGACGGUGGGAUACCACUGUCAUUCCUCAGGUCAUGGCACGGACAGCUCCGGCCGAAGAGCAGCUAGACAUGGCGCUGCGCAAGCUGGAUGCUUGCCACCGCAUCUCUCCGCUGGCAUCCAUUCGGGUUCUCGGAGUUCGCAGUGGCCAGGCGGCAGAUGACGUGAAGCUGCCGGUCGGGCAGUCUAGGGUCUGCUCCGUGGUGUACCGGCCAGACGAAGGAGUGACUUGGACUGCCCACACUCCGGCGCUUCAUUGUGCGACCGAGCCGGGGACCUGCACCACAACGCCUUGCAGGGGGCUCGUAAAGCACGACCGCAAGUUGGAACUCCGAACCCCACAGGGCCAAAGAUGCUGGGCUUGUUCGGAGAGCGGUAAGGAAUACACCUUCAAAGUGAAUGCACUGGCUGAGCAGAUGGAGGGGCAAUCGGUGUCCUGGUGGCCGCCGUACGGAAUCAACAGUCCACCGAUUCUUUGGAUUUUCAUGGAUUUGUGGAGCGUCGUCGACGCUUGCCCUGUCAUCACUGGCUACAUGUUCCUGUUCUUCUGCUGCCUUCUGGUGCGCAAGGUGGAGGAGUUCACCGGCGGGCUCAUCCCCUGGACGCGUUGUGUGCCCAUCUUUGGGCCAGCGCUUAAACGCGGCGAGGCGUGGCGCUUCUUCACCUUCACUUUUUUUCACUUGCAGUUUCUGGACCUGUUCCAGAAUUUGCUGACGCUUCUGGAUACUUUAGAUGUGGAGGCCACACCACCCAUCGUGCUGGGUGACGGCUCUAACUUGAAGUGUGGUGUUGGGGCCAAGCAGAACUUCAUGUGCUACCCCAGCAUCGGCCUGGGCUCCGCCCACACGCUGGGUGUGGCUUUGGUGAGCUCUGCGAUCGGUGGGAUGUGCAGCACUUGGAUCAAGUUUGGCGACGUCGUUGCAGGUGCCUCUACUCUGGGCUUCGGGCUCUCAGGGGCCAUUGUGGCCCUCUAUGCCCUCUAUGCAGGUGCGAAGCUGGACACUACGACCAGCGUGCAGCGAAAUUUCGAGAACUGGGUGUGGCUUCGCCUCAUUUUCGUGGGCUUCCACAUAGCCAUGGAGUUUAUUCGUGGCAUCUCCCAGAGGGAUUUGGCUGGCCUUUGGGCCCACACUACUGCCUUUGUUGCCGGCAUAGCGUACGUUCUGUACUUCUUGCCGCCAAUGGGCGAUGGCACCGUCCUGUCCAGUGAUCGUCCAUAUGUUGUGGCUUGUGAAUAUGACCAAGGUGGCUUCUCAACGUCUGCACCGGAGUGCAUCCGUCUCUUCUCCAGCAUUUAUGAGUACCAGGUGCCAGAUAUUCAGCGGCAAUGUUUCCUUUUCUAUAUGACCGUCGUUGGCUGGACAGUGUUCAACACAUUCGUGGUGAACCGCAGCGUGAAGUCGAACAAAGCAGUUCUUCUCGCAGGCUCCGAGGUGAGCGCCAUUUGUUGCGCCAGCCGUCAGGCUGCCGGUGGAGGUGGCGGUGGCUCGGGAGCUUCGGCAGACGGCUUUGCAUCGAACAUGGACGGAAAGGAGAUCAUCCUUUGGUGUGAGGUCCUUACCAUGAUCGGCUGGCGGCCGCCACAGGGCACGGAAGAUGCCGAGCGCAAGGUGGAAAUUCGGUGUCUCGAUAAGGAUCCUGCUCGACAAGGACCGUUGCUGGAUGCUCCGGCAGAGGCUGAAGCAUCGUCGCACAGCAUCCCAGGAAAGGAACUGAGUUCUAUCAGGGAAAGCAUCUUCUUGCCGCUGCAGUACAAGCCGAACUCAACUUAUAUUCAGAUCGUAUUGUACGACUUGGACCCUCAGAAAAAGCCGAGGGCUUUUGCCUCAAUAUCCCUUGCGCAGGCACUCCGAUCGAAAGGACAGCGCAGAUUGAAGUUACAGCCCGUCGACAAGCAAGCUGCAUCUGGCUCCUGGUCGAAGGAGGCCGUGAUGGGAUGCCUGCCAUGGCGACGGUCACCCCAAAUCAUGAUGAUAUUCAGGAAUCUGGAUCCCAGAAAAGCUGGGGAAAUCAGAGAUGCCGUCAAACAGCAGCUGGACUUCACGAAGCAAGACCUAGACAAAAGGGAGCGCGAACUG